CUUGCAGUUAGUUCAGAUCUCAGGAUUAUGAUUCUUGGUCACAGUGGUGUAGGGAAAAGUGCAACAGGCAAUGUAAUAUUAGGAAAAGAAACUUUUAAAGAAAUUAAAACUCUACAGUGUGAGGUACAGAGUGGGAAAGUGGAAGGAAGAAACAUCUCAGUGAUCGACACUCCAGGAUACAACAUCACUUCACUAAAUACAGAACAAUGGAGGACUGAAAUGAAGAAGGGUUUAAUGCUUUCUUCUCCUGGUCCUCAUGUGUUUCUGUUGGUGCACCGACUGGGGAACUUCUCAGAAGAAGACAGAAAUGUUGUUAACUGGAUAAAAGAGAACUUAGGUAAGGACGCUCUGAAGUUUAGCAUGAUACUGUUCAUAGGAAGAGAAGAAAUGACAACCAGACAGUGGGGGAAAUUUACUGAAGAUUCCAGGACGAAGGAUUUGAUUAGCUGCUGCGAAGGCAGAUAUUGUGUGAUGAACAGCAAGAGAGAAGCUAAUCCUGCUCAGAUCACUAAACUGAUGGAGGAGAUUGAGGUCAUGGUCCAGCAAAAUGGAGAUCGGUUUUACACUCAAGAGAUGUACGAAGCAGUUCAUAGGGUGAAAACAAUAGAAGUGACAAAAAAGAAAGAGGAACUGAGAAAGGAACAUGAGAAGAAACCAAUUUCAAAGCAAGAUACAUGUAUGAUUCUGGAGGUCUGCAAAGAUGAUGGUGCUAACAAAAAAAUGGCAAAAGUUAUACCAUGUAAGAAAGAGGAAGAGUCAGUGAGGUCACUUCCUGAAAGCAAGAGAGAGAGUAAAACCAAGUUUGUGAAAGAUGAUUUCAGGAAACAAGAGGAGACACGGAGAGAGAGGGAAAAAAAGAGAUGGGAGGCGGAGAGAGGAGUUACAGUGGGUGUGCAACCUGAAUCAGUGUGUGAUGUGAGGAUUGUGCUACUGGGAGGUGCCGGAGCAGGAAAAAGCUCAUCAGGAAACACUAUCCUAGGCAGAGAGGCAUUUGGGAAAGAUCUCAUCAGAGCUACCACAAUGGGCAAAAAACAGGAUGGAAGGGUGGGAAAUAAAUCCAUUACUGUGAUCGACACUAAGGGUUACAGUAAAGACAACUGUCAGGAAUGCUUUUCAAGGUAUUGUGAAAAGUUGGAGAACUGUUUUUCUUUGUGUAGACCUGGUCCUCACGUCUUUGUCCUUGUUGUACCUUCUCCCCAUACUUUCUCCUUUCCUGUUCAAUUGCUUUAUGAAAGAUUCGGACCAGAGGUCUUGAAGCGUACUUUAGUCCUAGUCACUAAUGGCGAUUCUUGGGGAAGAGACCACAAGGAAGUUUUAAAUAACAGCUCUGACCUUCAGCAGCUCAUCAAAAACUGUGGAGAAGAUUAUCAGAUCUUCAACAACAAGGAGAAAGAAGACCGAACACAGGUCACAGAACUGCUGCAGAAGCUUGAGGUCUUGAUUGAGAAGAAUGGACAGGGGUACUGUACCAUCGAGAUGUACCAGAGGAAGGGGCAGGAAGCAGGAAGCUGUACUCUAAUAUGA